AUGACCCUUUCCCUUCAUCCUCUUAUCGACGGUGGUAUCGUCAAAGGCGAAGCCAAUUUUGCCGGCGGAACCCUAUACUGCCACUGCCCAUCCGACAAGGUGGCCGUUUCGCUGAAGAGCAAUGUCGCCCACAAUCACGCCUGCGGCUGUUCCAAGUGCUGGAAACCACACGGUGCACUCUUCUCCAUUGUUGGCGUUGUGCCUCGGGAUAGCCUCUCCGUGAUUGCCAAUGGGUCGAAGCUCGUCGUCGUGGACAAGACGGCCGCAAUCCAACGACAUGCCUGCACAGACUGCGGGGUUCACUUGUACGGCCGCAUUGAAAAAGACCAUCCGUUCAAGGGGCUGGAUUUUGUGCAUGUUGAGCUGUCUGACAACAAAGGGUGGCAGGAGCCGCAAUUUGCGGCCUUUGUGUCUUCUAUUAUUGAGCAGGGAUUUGAUCCCCGGCGCAUGGAUGACGUGAGGGCCAAGUUCAAACAACUCGGGCUUCAAACUUAUGACGCCCUUUCACCACCGCUUAUGGACUUGAUCGCCGUGUUUACAGCCAAAAAGGCGGGAAUCCAUUUUUCUGAGUCCUAG